ACAGUGAUCGGAUUGUGGUGGUUAGGCUGACAUGAAUGUAAAGAUCGUUUAAUUUUAGGUACUUCUCACAUCAUUGUGUUGCAGAGGUUACCUGUUUCACCCAUCGUCUUUACAUUUGUAAAGCAUUCCCUGUUUUUCGUUGCCUACACACCUUCUUGCCUAACAUUUCUUAUGUGGGAAUUUGAAUAUAAAAGUGUUUAUGUGGACCUUUUUUAUCAGUUCUCUGAGGAUCUAGCAUUUGGUAUGGAAGCAUUGCUGAAUCAAAUGCAGAUGCAAGAACGUGAUGGUGGGCCUCUUUCAUCGUGUGAAAAAGAACUUCAGGAGCUGAUGAGACAGAUCGACAUCAUGGUGGCACAUAAAAAAUCUGAGUGGGGUGCUGAAAUGGAAACACUGGAAACUCGACUGGACGUCCGAGAACAGGAACUUUCUUCUACAAGAGCAAUGCUGGACCAGAAGCAUAUAGAGGUUGGGAUGUUGCGUCACCAGCUGGAUGAGUUGGAAAAAACUAACGAGGGUUUGGUCUUGCAGUAUGAAAAGCAGCUUAGAACUUUUCAAGAUGAGUUAGCAAAAUUAAAGAGGAGUUACGAGAAGCUGCAGAAGAAACAACUUAAAGAAGCCAGAGAUGAGGUAAAUAGCAAAGUGGAGGAUAAAGCAGAAGUGAGUCGACUAACCAAGAAGCUAGAGGAAUUCCGUCAGAAAUCCCUGGAGUGGGAGAAGCAGCGUUUGCAGUACCAGCAGCAAGUGGCAUCGCUCGAGGCUCAAAGGAAAGCUUUAGCAGAAGAGUAUGAUGUAAUUCAGCAACAGUCUCUUCGGAAGCAGCGGUUGGAGAAUGAGUUAUCCAGCCAGAGAGAGAUUCAUCACCUGAAGGGCCAGCUGGAACGAGCCAUGGACACAGUUCAUGCCAAUGAGCUGGCAAUGGAGCGAAUCAACAUGACAGUGGAUGAUCUGUCUGCCACAAAUCAGAGGCUGCUGCAGGAGAAGCAGCGACUUGAUGAAGACCUGAAGCAUUGUCAGAAGCAAGUGCAGGUGCUUACCGAAGAGAAGAAUGAGUUGGAGGCCACACUGCAGUCUCAGAAUGAAUUUAUCCAGAGCAUAAGUUUGCAGCAGAAGCCGCUAAGGAAGGAAAUUUCUAGAACAAGUGACUCCCUUCAUGUAAAGGAUAUCAGCAGAAGCAGAUCGCCAGAAGAAAGUCUGCGGGAGAGACAGAGUCCUGGUGAGGUAUCCUUAAUGCAGCUGGAACUAGAGAGAUUACGUAUCCAACUGGAGGCAAGUCAUAAAAGUGAGAACAGCCUCCAGACUGAAGUGACACAUCUUCAAAACAGCAUGGAAUCUGCCAACCUUAAAUGCAUUCAACUAACCCAGGAAUUAACGCGGCAGCAUGAAGAGCUGAGGAAAGUUGAGGAACAGCACAGCAAAUGCGAAGCUGAUAACAGGCGGCUGAAGGAGCAGUUAUUACUGGCUGACCAGACACAUGCAGCUGAAGUGGAAGGAAUGAAGACCGAGAUCACCCAGCUGACAAGGGAACUGCACCAGAGAGACAUCACUAUUGCAGCUGUCAAUGGGUCUUCCUCCAGCGUAGAGCAUCAGCUGAGAUUAGAAAAGGAGAAGGGAGAAAGGAAAGUGUCAGAGUGCAAGGUCACUCAGGUCCAGCUAGAGACCCUUCGAAUUGAAAAUCAGCAUCUUGUAGAGAUUUUGGAACAAAUAGAAUCUGGUACACUUGGAAAGAGUGAUGUUUCACUAGCAGACCUUCGGAAUAGCUACAUGGCCUCUCUGUGUAACUUGGAUCAUGAGAACCAGCAGCUGAGAAAGGAACUGGCAGAGGUGAAUGCUAGACUGGAAGUGUCCGCACAGGACUGUCGUGACAAAUAUCAUAAUGUCCUUCAGCAGAUGCAGAGCAAGCUUUCGGACAUCCAGGAUGCAGAGGACAGAAGACUUCUUGAAAUCCAGAAGAGGCAUGAAGUAGAGAUGAAACAGCUACAUGCCAAACUAGAAGCGACUGUUUCCCACUAUGAAAGGAAGAUGCAGAAACUGCAAAACGGUCUCCUACGACCCAGUUCUGAUCUGCUUGCUGGUGCCCAGGGUAAAUUGACUGAUGCCAGUAGGAGUAAUUCAAGUGACUCUGUUUCUUCUAAGUCACAAAAAACGCAAAGGACACUGGAUGAAAAUGAAGCUAAUUUCUCAGACAGUGCAUCUAUGGAGUCCCUACCUCUGACAGUGAAUGACGAAUAUGUUCCUUUGUACCCUUUGUCAGUUUCACCUGUAGAUGCUGUAUCAACAAGAUUCCUUGAAGAAGAAGAGGUUCGUUCCCAGCAGCUGCUCACUUGCCUGGAUGCUCACAUUGAGGAACUGAAGAUUGAAAGUGAGAAGACAAUAAAAAAGUAUGUUCAUCCUCUCUCCAAGGACAAAUAGAGCCACAUUUGCAUACAAGCACAGAAUGCCUUAAUGGAAUGUUUAUAAUCUAAAAUGGACUGAAAUGUUGAAUCUAAUUCAUGGUGCAAAACAUAUACAGACUGCAGGAGGGUUUCCAGGCAAAUGUAACCUGGCCAUUCUUGUCAGGAAUUAAUUUAGAAAGAUCAGAUCAGGUUCAGGUUGUGCUAUGGACUGUUGCCCAUAAAAUGUUUACAUGUAUUUUAACCUAUUUCCUUAUAGAGGAAGUAGUCACUCCUUUGAUGAGAAUAUAUGAAGCACUUUUCAUUUUAUUUGUUCUUUCAGAUGCUUGCUUAAAUUAUUUAAUGAGAAAGUAAAAAAUCAUGUUUUAUGCUAAAAAGUACUCACUUUUCUGUUUAUAAUUUAUUGUACAGCACCCUUUCAAUGAAAGUAUAUUUUUAACAUAAGUUAUACUAUGAGUGAAAAGCAAUUUGUUUUUAUAUUUGCUAUAAAUUAUUUUUAAAGUUAUAUAACACCAUACAUUGAUGAGGAUUUGUGUUCAGUUAUUUAGGUGUACAAUGUUUGGCCUGUACUGCUUUGUAAGAUACCCUUAAUUAACCUUACUCUAUGUAUACAAUUUCCCGUUUGAGUUUUAUGUAAAGAAAAUAAAACUGUUUAAAUUAC